UGCGAAUUUAUUUAAAAUGAUGACAUUAUUUAUUGUGUUAAUAAAAAACACGACUUCCUACAGAUUCUAUAGUUCCCGCUUAAGUUCCGUUCCUUAUAGGUGUAUUCCAUUAAUAAUGUAAACACAAUGAUUCAUUGUACCAUGAUCCUUCACAUAAUGAGGGCCGAUUCACUACUAGUGAACUCCGGAAUGGCAUGUACGAAAGGUGGACAAAGUGAUUGACUUUUUGUGGUUUCUGUCAGCUGUCGAGCUGAUAUGAUAUUUGACUUAAGGCUUUGGUACCUAGUGAUUCAUCUGUGCGCGUGACACACAAGAGAAGCAGGACUUACGAUUUGUAUUAGUCAUAUUUUGGUACAACCUGGACGGCCCCUCGACUUUGUGUCGCUCCCGGUUUUAUACGUGAUAAGAUUACGUUUACUCUCUCUUGUUAAUUCUGCAAGAUUGUAUGGUUUCGAUCUGUAUGUAAAAAAAAUAUUUUCGUAACUACUGGUACAACUGUCAUUUCUACAAUGUUUCGUUCUACUUCUAAUUUUGAUAAACUUCUUGAGAAAGCAACUAGCAAUCUCCGCCUGGAACCAGAUUGGCCUACAAUUAUGCAAAUAUGUGAUCUUAUACGGCAAGGAGAUGUUCAGCCAAAGUAUGCCCUUGGUGCUGUGAAGAAGAAGUUAUACAAUGCAAAUCCUCACAGUGCCAUGUUUGGAUUGUUGGUGCUGGAAUCAUGUGUAAAAAACUGUGGGCAUUUAAUUCAUGAUGAAGUUGGUACCAAACAGUAUAUGGAGCAGUUGCGGGAGUUGGUGAAAACUACUAGUCAUGACAAUGUAAAGGCCAAAGUCUUGGAGCUCAUUCAGGCUUGGGCCUAUGCCUUCCGCAAUAGUCCUAAGUAUAGAGCAGUGCAGGAUACCUUGAAUAUUAUGAAAACAGAAGGAUACAAGUUUCCCACGUUGAAGGAGAGUGAUGCCAUGUUUUCUGCUGAUACAGCACCUGAAUGGGCUGAUGGAGAUGUGUGUCAUCGAUGUAGAGUUCAAUUUGGCAUGGUGCAACGCAAGCACCACUGUCGUGCAUGUGGUCAAGUCUUUUGUGGCCAGUGCUCGUCCAAAACUUCAACUUUACCAAAAUUUGGAAUCGAGAAAGAAGUUCGUGUUUGUGAAGCAUGUUAUGACAACAUUAACAAACCCACUACUACCACUGCUACUAGCCAAAAGCCAGAGAAUUCAGAUUUACCACCAGAAUAUGUAUCCAGUGUCUUGUCACAACAAAGUCAGGCUCCUCCACCACGGCGUACGGAGGAAGAGCUCCGUGAGGAGGAGGAACUGCAAUUGGCUUUGGCACUAUCAAAAUCAGAGGCUGAACAUAAGGAGAAAGAGAAAAAGCGAACAACUUCUGCCCUUAUGUCCAAUGCUGCAGCUGUACGUGCUAAGCAAUAUUCUCCUCCUCUACCCACACGCAGCAGUCCAGAGCCAACUGAAGAAGAUAUGGAUCCAGAGCUAGCUCGUUAUUUGAACCGUUCAUACUGGGAGAAACGCCAAAGUGAGGAUAGAUCUAAGAGUGGGGCAUCGUCUCCUGGCCCAGCUAAUGAGCGGGAUCGGCGCAGCCCCACUGGCCAACAGCCUUCUGCCCCCAGCACUGCUUCCAGCCCGCCUGUGCAAAUCACUGCAAGCUCAGCUGCUCCCACCUCCAAGCUAAUGCACCAAAAGCAGGAGAAUGGUGAAACAGAUUCUCAGAUUGAAGAGUUUGUGGGCGGUCUCAAGAGCCAACUUGAAAUAUUUGUUAAUCGAAUGAAAUCUAAUUCAAGUCGAGGACGCAGCAUUGCUAACGACAGUUCUGUACAGACGUUGUUUAUGAAUAUCACAGCCAUGCACUCACGUCUUCUGCGUUACAUUCAACAACAGGAUGAUGGCCGAGUGUACUUUGAGGGGCUUCAAGACAAGAUGGCACAAGUGAAGGAUGCACGUGCUGCAUUGGAUGCCCUGCGUGAGGAGCAUCGUGAGAAACUGCGCCGGCAAGCGGAAGAAGCUGAGAGACUGCGUCAGUUACAAAUGGCACACAAGUUAGAGAUAAUGAGAAAAAAGAAACAGGAAUAUCUGCAGUACCAGCGGCAGUUGGCAUUACAGCGCAUUCAAGAGCAAGAAAGAGAAAUGCAGAUGCGUCAGGAACAACAGAAGCAACAAUAUUUAAUGGGAUCUAUGGGACCCAUGCCACCAGGUCCAAUGGGUUAUCCAAUGCCCCCAUACAUGACUCCAGGUAUACCUCAGAACUACCCUCCAGUUGGUGUAGAUGCACAGCAUCCACAAUUUCCAAUCAUGAGUCAGGGGCCUCCUUCCAACACAUUUAACAGUCUACCACCAGGAGGAGGGUCAGCACCUAUGCCAUAUGCCCAGUUUUCUCCUGGCACAGCCAUGGCAGGUAUGCCACAACAACCUGGCCCAGCAUCUGCAAACAUGGCAAUGGGCCCUGGCCCUAUGCUGCCACCUCACAUGCUGGGGCCCCGAAACUCCCUGCCUCUAGCAAUGGGUGUGCCUUCUCAGGGUCCCUCUCCUGGCGGACCUCCUCAACCACCUCCUGCCCAACCUUUGGCAGGACCCUCUCCUCAGGGGCCAGCACCAGGCCCCCCACAGGGUCUCCCUCAGGGUCCAGCGCAGGGCACACCGCAGGGACCUCCAAUGGCGUUCCCUCCACAAGUGGCUAUGGCUCAGGGAGGUGCUCCUCCCGCUCAAGGUCCUCAGGGCCCCACGCCAAGUAGCCCCCAGCAAACGAGCAGCAAUGAAGGCCUUCAAACAGAGGAACUCAUUAGGUUUGACUGAAGAGAACAUUUUCUGUCAAAUGUCAAUGAAAUGCAGCUUAUUAAACAAGCAGAAUGACAUUAGGGGAAGCUUAAUAAAUGAAAAAGAAAUGCUCUUGCUUUUAGGUAUUAUUACAAUAUAGAAUUGCAUAUUUUGAAAGUUUGAAUACGAUAGCUUGGCAAGUUAUAUUUUAGUAAUUGUUAUUUUUUUUAUUAUUAAUAUAUUAAAAUGUAUUCAUAAAAUGCUUUACCAGGUUAUUGACAAAUAUAUCUUGAAAUGAUUAAAAGUUAAAUAUUGAGAACAGGAAGGUCAAGAAAUGUGCUAUAAAAUGCAUAAUAUAUAAUUAAUAUAUAAUGCAUGUAUAUUAUCAACUGCUGUACAACUUUAUCUUAAUCAAUUGGGUUUGUUGUUUUUAUUAAUGUUAAGUUAAUAUUAAGAAUGUAAUGACAGAUUAUGAAGCUUCUAUAUAAUAAAGCAAUUCUGUAUUUAUAUGGCAUAUCUCA